AUGAAGAACCUGAACGUGAACCUCGGCAGCUGCGUGCGGAGCUACUGCAGUAAGGCUAACCCGUUCGAGAAGGUGCGGAGGAAGCUGGGCCAGGGGGACCUGAGUUACUACGACCUGAACGAGAUGAACGACAGCAGGAUAAAAAGUUUACCCUACUCCAUCCGAAUUCUUCUCGAAUCUGCUGUGCGUAAUUGUGACAAUUUGAAAGUUACAGAAGAUAAUGUGGAAACGAUUCUGUCAUGGAAGGAUAACUGUCGGAAGAAGAAGGAGGUGCCAUUUAUGCCUGCGAGGGUACUUUUACAGGAUCUGACAGGUGUACCCUGUAUAGUAGAUUUGGCUACCAUGAGAGACACAGCCGCAAUGCUAGGAGGAGAUGCAGAUAAAAUAAAUCCACUAAUUCCCGUCGAUUUAGUGAUUGACCAUUCUGUCCAAGUGGAUCAUAGUAGGAGUCCAGAAGCAAGAGAAUUAAAUGAAAAAAAAGAAUUUGAAAGAAAUUUGGAACGAUUUAAAUUUCUAAAAUGGGGAAUGCACUCAUUUAAAAAUAUGUUAAUAUUACCACCCGGUUCCGGGAUAGUGCACCAGAUAAAUUUAGAAUACUUAGCGCACUGUGUUUUUAAGAACAAUGAAGGAGUGCUUUAUCCAGACAGUUUAGUUGGAACAGAUUCUCACACCACCAUGAUAAAUGGGUUAGGGAUCUUAGGUUGGGGAGUAGGAGGUAUAGAAGCAGAAGCAACCAUGUUAGGUUUACCCAUAUCAAUGACUUUACCAGAGGUAGUAGGGAUAAACGUCGUUGGGAAGUUAUCCGAUCAUUUGCUAAGUACCGAUGUGGUUUUAUACAUUACAUCCUUUUUAAGAAAGGAAGUUGGAGUUGUAAAUAAAUAUGUAGAAUUUUUUGGACCAAGUUUGAAAGAUUUAAAACUAGGGGAUAGAGCAACCAUUGCAAAUAUGGCCCCGGAAUAUGGAGCCACUGUUGGAUUUUUUGGUGUAGAUGAUACUACCCUAGAAUAUUUGGUACAAACUGGUCGAGAUAAGGAGAAGGUAAACCUAAUCAGGGAAUAUCUAAUUAAAAAUUCUUUAUUUAACAAUUAUACAGAUCAUAUAGAAUACACAGAUGUGUAUACACUAGAUCUGUCCAAGUUGAGCUUGUCUCUCUCUGGACCCAAGAGACCACAUGACAAUGUGUUGCUGUCUAAUUUGCAUACAGAUUUUAGCUCCUGUUUGAAAUCCCCAGUUGGCUUCAAAGGGUAUAAUAUUCCAGAGAAGGAGAGAGAAAAAGUAAUUUCGUUUUCGUAUAAGGAUAAGAAGACGUACAGUCUUACACAUGGUAGUGUAGUGCUUGCAGCCAUCACAUCGUGCACCAAUACGAGUAACUCCUCCUCGAUGAUAGCAGCUGGGUUGUUGGCAAAGAAGGCUGUAGAAAACGGAAUUGAGUCAAUCCCAUAUAUUAAGAGUUCCCUUUCCCCAGGGUCAAAAACGGUGCAGAAGUAUUUGGAAGCAGGAGGGCUUCUCCACUAUUUAGAAAAACUAGGCUUCUAUAAUGUCGGUAAUCGAAACUUCGAAGGACGCAUACACCCACUGGUGAAGGCAAACUACCUUGCUUCCCCAGUUCUAGUCGUACUGCUAAGUCUGAUAGGCAACGUAAAUGUAGACGUUGCUUCUUAUACAUUCACUACUAAAGGGGGACAGAAAAUUAAAGCCCUUGAUUUGAUUCCCAAAAAGGAAGAAAUCAAUGCUUAUGAGGAGCAGUACCUCAAAUCGGAGAUGUACACAGAUAUAUAUAAAAACGUAAAAUACGUUAACAAGUACUGGAAUGAUAUAAAGAUAAAGGAAGACAAGCUAUACGAAUGGGAUGAAAAUUCGACAUAUAUUCAUAAGCCUCCUUUUUUUGAUAACAUGAAAUUGGAACCAGAAAAAAUCCAUGACGUUAAGAAUGCCCAUAUGCUUCUCCUCCUGGGGGAUAGUAUCACCACAGAUCAUAUUUCCCCAGCUGGUAUGAUCCACAAAAGUUCAGAAGCGUAUAAAUUUUUGAAGUCCAAAAAUAUAAGAGAUGAAGAUCUGAAUACGUAUGGAGCUAGGAGAGGAAAUGACCAAGUCAUGGUACGAGGGACCUUUGCUAACAUCAGAUUGAUAAAUAAAUUGUGUCCUGAUAAAGGACCCAAUACUGUACACAUCCCUUCCAAGCAAAUCAUGUCCGUGUACGAAGCCGCCAUGAAAUAUAAACAAGACAAUGUAGACGUUAUCAUCGUUGCUGGGAAGGAAUAUGGGUGUGGUAGCUCUAGAGAUUGGGCAGCCAAGGGGUCUUACCUCCUGGGAGUUAAAGCUAUCCUGGCUGAGUCCUUUGAGCGUAUCCACAGAAGUAACCUUAUCGGUAUGAGCGUCCUACCGUUGCAAUUUUUGAACAACGAAAGUGCUGCACAUUAUAAUAUGGAUGGAACAGAGACCUUCUCUAUUGUGCUGAAUGAGGGGGAGCUACGACCCCAGCAACACAUACAGGUCCAGAUGACCCAGGGGGGCAAGACCAUCUCCUUCGACGUUCUGUGCAGAAUCGACACAGAGAUCGAAGUCAAGUAUUUUAAGAAUGGAGGUAUAUUGAAGUACGUCUUGCGGUCCCUCGUGAAGGGGUAA